AUGGUGGAAGAGAUGAUAAGGAGGGUGGUGUCUAUAUCGGAAAACCAGUUCGGGUUCAUACCAGGUCGUUCUACUGCAGAAGCUAUCCACCUUAUCAGGAGGUUGGUGGAACUAUACAAGGGUAGGAAGCGGGAUUUGUAUAUGAUAUUUAUUGACCUAGAGAAGGCAUAUGACAAGGUCCCUAGGGAAGUCCUUUGGAGGUGUCUGGAGGUGAAAGGUGUGCCGGUGGCUUACAUUAGGGCGAUAAAGGAUAUGCAUGAUGGAGCUAUGAGUUGGGUUAGGACUGUGGGAGGUGACUCAGAACCUUUUCCAGUGGUUAUGGGGUUACACCAAGGAUCUGUGCUCAGCCCAUUCUUAUUUGCUCUGGCGAUGGAUGCACUAACACACCAUAUCCAAGGAGAGGUGCCAUGGUGUAUGUUAUUCGCUGAUUAUAUAAUUCUGAUUGAUAAGACGAGAGACGGUGUUAAUGGAAGACUGGAGCGACUUGACGGGAAAGCGGAUGUGGAAGUCAGGCUUGAAUCACAGGUCAUCCUCGAGAGAGAAAGUUUUAAGUACUUAGGGUCAAUUAUCCAGAGAGAUAGAGAGAUCGACGGGAAUGUUACACACCGUAUUGGGGUGGGAUGGAUGAAAUGGAGGUUAGCGUCUAGAGUCAUAUGUGACAAAAAUAUGCCACUGAAACUCAAAGGUAUGAGAAGAGGCAGAGGGCAGCCUAAGAAGUAUUGGGGCGAGGUGAUCAGGCAGGACAUGGCACUUCCACGGCACUCGAGUUUGUUGUCCCAACAGCUGAAGGUAUAUGUGUCUAGUUACACUAGUGUCCUUUUUGUUCCUCUGUACCAGACUACAAUCAGUUCUAGCAUUGGAGAUUUGUCUGAUCAUCCAACAGGCUUGCUUGGGAGCUGGGGAAUACCUAAAUAUUUGAAAGUCAUCUCCCCUUAUCCAUAUCCCAGAAGCUGCAGGAUUUUAUCUCGUUCAUCUCUUGGUACCCCUCCAAAUACACUGAACUCUUCCCCAUAUUUGCUUGUAAUCCUGAAGCUUGAGCAAACUGUUUGA